AUGCACGAGAUCUACCCCCGACGCUACUUCGAUGAGUCGAAGACGUGGUUCGCCUGGAACAAGCUGACCGCCGCCGACGUCUACACCUUGAGAGAGGAGCCGGGGUUUGAAGGGCAGAAUGUCUUCUUCCAUCUCAACAAUCCCAUCCGCCUUGUGAGGAUCGUGGGCCUCAUUGUGCAAAUCAAUUCCGUGGCAGCCGGUAAAUACACCUUGCUCACCAUCGACGAUAGCAGUGGCGCGAACAUUGAAGUCAAACUUGAGCGACGGGAACGACAGCCUGGCGACGAUGCCGAGUACCCCUCGAAUACACUUGUCGAUAACGUGGAUGUGACUAUCUAUCUCGGCGAGCCUACAGUCCAUGUGGACGGGAAGCCAGUCUCGAUAGGCUCGGUUGUGCGAGCACAGGGCGAACUUACGAGCUUCAGGAAUCAGCGACAAGUCAAUCUGAAGAAACUCUUUCAGGUUAGAGAUACAAACGAAGAGGCGGUGCACUGGUCCAAGGCUGCAGAAUGGAAGCGAACCGUGCUCAGCAGGCCCUGGAUACUGUCCAAAGAGCAGCGACAUGCCGUGGACGAGAAGAUUCGCAAAGAAGAACGUAGAGAACACGAGAGACGAAAGAAGAGGCGAAAGAUGCAGACCGAGCACGACGAGAAACACGUACAAAGAGAGGCACGGCGUGAGGCGCGGAGGUUGGCAGAACAAGAAAAGAUGGAUGCUGGUGCACUUGCUGGAAGUGAGAGAUUGCCGCAGCCAUGGGAUUGA